AUGGAUAUUGUCUUGGAAUUUGCGGACUACUUCUUCUUCGACAAGGUAUAUGCCACCUUGUUCCCUACCACUCUUGCUCAACACUUGCCUGCUGCGGUGUCCAAGAACUUGAGGCUCGGUAAUUACUCUUCAAAAGCGUUGGACUUUGCCAACUCUCUCUCGUACGUCCCAUCACAAUUCUCCAACAAUGACGAAUUGUACGAGUUGACCAAGAAAUAUAUAGUCGAAAAGGACAUCUACGGGUACUUCCCCCAUUUCUUACCAGAAAGUGUCGAUAUGUACUCGUCGGUAUUCCCAAGACACCAUUUCUUUAGAGAAGCCCUUUCUUUAUGGAUCAUCGGCACCAUUUUUGGGUGGAUUCUUUAUUUACUUGCUGCCUCAUUCUCAUACCGCUUUAUCUUUGAUAAAGCAGUGUUCAACCACCCAAGAUACUUGAAAAAUCAAAUGUCUCUUGAAAUCAGACACGCCAUGGGAUCAAUCCCUGUCAUGGUUUUCUUAACUUUACCAUGUUGGCUUGCCGAAUUGUCCGGUUACUCUAAAUUGUACCUUGGCAUUAACGAAUCCACCGGAGGCUGGACAUCGGUGCUCUUGCAAUACCCAUUAUUUGUGAUGUUCACCGAUUUCGGGAUUUAUUGUAUCCACAGAUGGUUGCACUGGCCAAACGUUUACAAAUUGUUCCAUAAACCUCACCACAAAUGGAUCGUCACCACCCCUUACGCUUCCCACGCUUUCCAUCCUUUCGACGGCUACGCCCAAUCGCUUCCUUAUCACAUUUACCCAAUCUUAUUCCCAUUGCACAAAGUUUCGUACUUGAUUUUGUUCACUUUUGUCAACUUUUGGACCGUGAUGAUCCACGAUGGUGAGUAUCUCACCGAUGAUCCAGUCGUCAACGGGGCCGCUUGCCAUACCGUCCACCAUUUAUACUUCAAUUACAAUUAUGGUCAAUUCACCACUUUGUGGGAUAGAAUCGGUGGCACUUAUAGAAAACCAGACCAAAGUUUGUUUGAUAAAUCAAAAAAGAAGGAAAAGCAAACCUGGGAACUUCAAGUUGAACAAUACGAAAAAAUUAGAAACGUGGUCGAAGGUAACAAUGAUUUCAGAGUUUAUGGUACCGAAGAAAACUUGGUUAAGAGAAAGUGA